AAGAUAGAUAAUUUAUUUUUGAACGUGCCAUCUGACUGUCAUUGUCAAAAAAUCUGUAAAAAAAAAAUGACACAUAAUGUCAUACACUACGAAAAUAGCCAAAAAGAUGGAAGUUAUUUUUAAAUAAACACAUUAAAAACCUAAAAUAAUCGAAAAAUACAUUAUGUAUUCAAUUCAGAAGCAAUUUAUUAGCAGUAUUAAAGUAUUUCUCCCAUAAUUAACCGUUACUAUAUUUAGAACAAAGUUUGCCCGAAUUAUGAUUUUUAUACAGCAAAAAGUAAAAUUUUCUCGUUUAAGAAGCCAAUUAAUUCUCAGGGCAACAAUAAUUUGGAUCAAUUCUUUGGAGGAUGGUACACCUCGAGAUGACAGAUGUGCAACUUAAUACCAAUUAUUUGAGUAUAAAUGAUUUGCCAAAUGAGAUACUUAUAUAUAUUUUUUCUAUGAUCGACUUUGAGUCAUUGCUGAGUGUUAUUAAAGUAUGUGCACGGUGGCAACAACUCUGUCUGACCCCAUGUGUCUGGGACAAUACUCGACUCAUUGUUUGCAUGAAGAACUAUGUGAAAAUACAAGAAAGUAUUGUACCGUUUGUAGCAAAGUAUUUGAAAAAUGUAAAAUUACAAUAUUUCAAACUAUAUCCUCAAGUGAGAGCUUCCCUUAUAAGUUAUUGCCCUAAUCUGACUCACUUAGAGAUAAGUAUAUCACAAGUUGACAGCUGUAUUUUUGAUGAUCUUGGACACUGGCCUAAUCUGAAGUUUUUGAGUUUUCGCAAUUCUUUAAUAGUGCAGAAUCCUACUAAUGUUAAUGGGAAUUUUGUAUAUCAUUUGCCAUUCGAGAAAUUGAAAUAUUUGGAGACACUUGUAUUAUCAAAUUUUGCACUGACUCAUAACAGUCUUUAUAGUAUGUUGCAGUGUUCCAAUUUAAUUAGUAUCAACAUGGAAAAAAUGAAAAAUAUCCCUGCACACUUCUUAGAGUCAUUACUUCGAACUAAGCAAUCUACAUUAAGAGCAUUACACGUUUAUGGGGACACACUAAAUGAUGAUAUCAUUAGAUAUAUUUCUAAUUGUAAAUUUUUACAAGUUCUCCACAUUAUGACAUGUAAAACACUGUUUGAUUCAAGUUUGUUGCAUCUUUAUAGAUUAAAAAAUUUGCAUUCACUAAAAUUACGACAUUCAUAUUUUUCAACGAGUGCUUUAUUUGCUUAUUUUUCAAAUAACAUCUUUCAUAAUCUGACAUACCUUAGUUUAUCACGAUGCCACCAUGUUAAUAUGCAAGUUGCUAAAGCUAUCAAAACGAGCGCACCUAAUCUUAAAGAACUUUCAUUUUAUCUUUGCCCAUUUAUUAUAUCACCUGAUUUUAAUAGAUCAGAAUUAGAAAAACUAUUCAACAUACAGCUAUUGCUUGAUUAAAGUAUAGAUAGAUUACCCUUCAUCAAUGAUUCAUGUUUCAGAAAUUGUAUUUUGGAUACUGUCUCUAAAUGACAAAUGAAUGUAAUGAUUGUUUGAAAGUAAGCAAUUUUUUAAAUCAAUUUAGUUUAUAGGUUGUGUUGUGAUGGAUGUGUUAACUAAUUGUCUUUAUUAUUAAGUACAGUAAUGUUGAUGUACUGGAUACUUAAACAAAUUUACUUAUGACAAAGGCAAGUGGUUGCAUGAUUAGUGCCUUUAUAUUUUAUUAAGUUGACAUCUUGUUAAAUAUUGACGAGUGAAAUAUUCAAAGAUUUGAUUUGUACUUUUGAAUUCACAUGGUCAAUUAAAUCUGAUGUGCCUUAUCAUAUUUUUAAUAACUGUAAAGUAUUUAAAACAGUAUAAAUUAUUUAUACAUUUGUUAUAAUAAUGUAAAUAUAUUUAGUCAAUGUAGUAGGAAAAAUACAACGAGUUAUCAAUUGUAAUAUCAGCAAAAAGAUAAACAUCUAUAAUAAGAUAUCAAUGCUUUACGUAUAUUGCCUACACAACAAAAACAAUUGUGAUUUUAUAGUUGUUAUAUGUUUGUAUGAAACUAAUUUAGUAUCAUAUACACCAUAGAAAAUAAAGUGUAUUUUCGAAAGAAAGAGAUUUUCGCUAUCCCUAUUAUACGUAAGAAUUUAAGCUCUG